UACUCUUAACAUGAAACAACUAACCUCUUAUCCUCUGCCCUCCCCUGCAUUUUAAACAGAGUAUUCCUCUUGUUUAAUCUUCACUACAACAAUGCCAUCAUCCUCUAUUCUCUUCACUUUUCUUGCACUAUCACUCACAAUUCUUUGUUCUAAUGCUCAAGGUCCACCUUCACCUGGCUACUACCCUAGUUCCAAAAUCAGUCCAAUUACCUUUAGUCAAGGCUUUAGAAACCUUUGGGGGCCUCAACAUCAAAGAUUGGACCAAAACUCAUUAACAAUAUGGCUCGACUCUAACUCAGGUAGUGGAUUCAAGUCACUUCACUCCUAUAAAUCCGGAUACUUUGGUGCUUCAAUCAAGCUUCAACCUGGAUACACCGCCGGAGUUAUUACUUCUCUAUAUCUAUCAAAUAAUCAAGAUCAUCCAGGAAACCAUGAUGAAAUUGACAUUGAGUUUCUUGGCACAACACCAGGUAAGCCAUAUGUGUUGCAAACAAAUGUAUAUAUGAGAGGAAGUGGAGAUGGGAACAUUAUAGGAAGAGAGAUGCAGUUUCAUCUUUGGUUUGACCCAACUCAAAAUUUUCACCACUAUGCUAUUUUAUGGAAACCCAAUGAAAUAAUAUUUUUAGUGGAUGAUGUUCCCAUAAGAAGAUAUCCUAGGAAAAUUGAUGCCACCUACCCUUCAAGACCAAUGUAUCUGUACGGAUCAAUUUGGGAUGCAUCUUCUUGGGCAACAGAAGGUGGAAAAUACAAAGCAGAUUAUAAAUUCCAACCCUUUGUUGGAAGGUACACAAACUUCAAAUUACAAGGUUGUACCAUUGAAAGCCCUACCUCAUGUCAAUCACCAUCUGUCUCUGGUGGGUAUGGUAGCCUUAGCCCUCAACAAUAUAGGGCAAUGCAAUGGGUCCAAAACAGUUACAUGAUCUACAAUUAUUGUCACGACCCUAGAAGAAACCACAAUCUUAUCCCCGAAUGUUAAGGAUGUUGAAAUUCAUAUCUCUACUAGUCAGGACGACUCUGCAUUUAUAUGGUUAGAUAUCAGUAUUUAUUUGAUGUCUAGUAUAUGCAGAAUCUCCUGACUUAAUAUUUUUCAAUACACACUCUCACUAAUUGAAAUUUAUGAAGUUCAUUAUUUAAUGGAUUUUACAUGAAUUUCAUUAUGUAGAAAGAAGUGUGUUAUAAAAAAUGUGUGUUAAAAGUAUAGUGUGGAAGUUUGUUAUAAAAGGGUGGUUUUUUGUGAUGGACCCGCUUGCUAAGAGUAAUUUGUAAGAGCGGUUGAACAUCCAAACUAUCUUAUGAUUGGAAUGUUUUUGUUGUUUUUGUAUGUUGGUGUGGUGCUAUAGUUUGAUUCCAAUAUAUGUAUUGAAAUAAAUUGAUUUGGAUGAUAUCCUAAUCUUAAAUGUAUAUACGUGUACGUGUGUGAAAAGAAAGAAAGGACAUGAUGUACUAUAUGAAAAUCCUUUUGAUAUGAAUUUGGACUUUUGUAGCUUA